AUGUCAGGUUUCUCCUCUACAUCACCGACCAGCGAGCCAGAAAUCCCUAGCCGCAGCGGCGAAGCAAUCACGAUAAGCUGGCUAGCGGCUUGUUCUGUUGAUGCGAUGUAUCGGUUGCGUCGUCGAUUAUCCACAACGACAACGGUUGUCGGUCGGUCGGUCGGUGAUUGUGUUGGUGUCGACGUAAGCAGCAUACGUUUGCUAUCAGCAGCCCGUAUCGUAUCCAGUUUUGUGCCGUCGUCGCUAUGCGGUGGCGUAAUCCCUAACAAAAGAGAUUCAGCCCAGGCUAUGUUGUAUGCGGGUGUUCAGAAUCAUCGCCAACCAUCGGCGCCACCGCUAUCGCCGCCACCGCCACCGCCACCGCAAACCCCCACCACCACCACCGUUCCACCAUCACCGUUCAACGCUGCACUCCACUAUCCAGUUCCACCACUUCAUUCUCAUCUUCUACACAUAUCAGACACGCAUCACACAUAA